AUGCGCUUCAAGUCUAUACGCGAGACAAAUUCACAGCCACUCGUUAAGCUCUGGUCAAGUGCCAGGGACGUAUAUUAUGACCUCAACCUUGGCCCUCGUCCCCCUUCGUCUCGUGCAAAUCCCUUUCCUGCUGACCCUACACCACCCUCCAAAUACGCAGAUUUGAUCCAAAUCAUACACUACAAGAUGACUCACGAACCCGCUGCUGCAAUGGCUGGCCAAGCGCGAAUGAAGCACGAAGAGACUCCCCAGGAGCAACUCACUAGGCAAACCGCAAAUUUCCCCGCAUUCGAAGCCGAGAUGCCUAAUCUUUCAAGCCGCUUCAGCUUCUCGUUGAAGGAUAAUCUUUCCUCCUACCUCGGGCGCAAGAACCCAUUUUACUCAAACGUCAACCCAGAAACGGACUAUGUGUGGAUUCUCGAUUCCACGGCCCAUCAGAAUCGCCUAGGAAGAUGGAAAGCCGAGUUUGUCGCUGCCUACUUCGUCAAAAAUAGCGGCAAGGACCUCUCUCAAAUAGUCGCAUGGGUCAGUGAGAAGAUUGGCCUCGCAGACGACGAACAAGCGAGGGCGACCGUUGCAAAGCGACUGGAACCUUUUGCGGAUCAGAUUCUCCCCGCACACGCUAUCGAGAUCGACCUCUUGGGCUUGAAAGCAAGACUAGGCCCUAGCGGGCGCGACGGCAUCAGUUCUGAUGAACUGGCUGUUCCCGGCAGCGACCAUAAGAAUGGCCAAGUCACCAGCUUCAAAGCCAUCAACGCCAAUGCUACGCCUUUCAACAUAACUUUUGCCACGCCCAAGGGCUGGGCCGUCCUUUCCGACAUAGACGACACUAUCAAGAAGACCUUGACGUCAUCGCCAACAGGCAUUCUGAAGACUACGUUCGCCGAAGAGCCGGAGCCUAUCAAGGGAAUGCCAGAACUAUACAAGCAUAUUGUACAGAAGCUCGACAAUCCACCUUUCUGGUAUCUCAGCGCUUCCCCAUAUAACCUGUACCCUUUCUUGCGCAAGUUCCGUGAUCAGUACUACCCCAACGGCACCAUGAUACUACGCGACGCGAGCUGGAUGAACCUUGCCGGUUUCCUUGCAAACUUGACGCAAGGUACCGAAGCUUACAAAGUCGAUCGCAUCGAGAAGGUCCACGAGUGGUUUCCCAAGCGCAAGUUUAUCCUCAUCGGCGACUCAACUCAAACGGACCCCGAGUCGUAUGGCGAAGCUUACCGUAAGUUUGGCAAAUGGAUCGGUGCGAUUUACAUUAGGAAAGUGACUGGCAUUGCCGAGAUGGAUGAAGCGCAGAAGAACUCACCAGAGAGAUUCGAGAAGGCAUUCAAGGGGGUACCAAAGGAUUUGUGGUACAUUUUCGAGGACCCGCAAGAGUUGUAUGCCAAGAUUGAUGCUCUGCCGGCGAUCAAGUAA